AAUUAUACACUGCUUUCUUUUUCAGAUAGGUAUUAAAUGGUCUUACAUGUACAUUAAAAAGUCACUGUGAUGGAGGAGUUUCGGUACACUUACAUAAGACUGUGCAAAGACAACCAUGUAGAGCCACAGGAAUGUGUCCUCAGUUAUUUAAAAAGUUUUGAAUCUACACCCAAGCGUGGCAAAACAGUGCUCAAUUUAUCAACCAACAGCCUAUCCCCCAAAACAUGUCAUGUUUUAGGAAAAGUUAUUGCAACUGAUCGAACCUUUGUGGAGAUAAAAUUUGCUGACUGUAUGCUUAGUGAAGAUGCAGUGAAAGGUCUGAGCCAUGGACUUACCACUAAUUCUUAUUGCAAAAUGCUUGACUUGAAGGGUAACAACAUCAGAGGCAGUGGAGUGGAGGCCAUAGGAAAAAUGCUGAGACACAACCACACAAUUCUAAGUAUAUGCCUUGAGUGGAAUGCCUUUGGAUUGUUAGAUAACUCCUUUGCCAUGUUCUGUGAUGGCGUUGGAUCCAACGACAAUUUACAAGCCCUGGAUCUUCGAAAUAACCAGAUCAGUCAUGACGGAGCUGUGGAGUUAGCCGCAGCACUAAAAAGAAACAAUACAUUACGGGCUCUAGAUUUACGAUGGAAUAGCAUUGGUUUGCUAGGAGGGAGAGCCAUUUUGGAAAUGCUGAAGACAAACAAGACAUUAUGUCGUUUGGAGUUAGCAGGGAACAACAUUCCGGGAGAUAUCUUAAAGUCCAUAGAUUUAGCCAUUAGUCAGAAUGAAGACAGAGCUCUUUUAAAGGAUGACCACAAAACCAAAAUGACUGUAAUGGCCAAACAUGUUAAGCAGCUGGAACAUGAGAAGAAACUAGAGAUCAGUGAACUAAUGGAUACAAUAGAUAAACAAGAAGAUCUAAUGAGGCGAUCAAAAAGGUCUACCAGUACCAAAGUUGAACAACUUCAAAAUGCACUUGAAGAAAGAAAAGCUUCAUUCAACUCCUUAGCUGCAAAAUUGGCAAUGACAGAGUCUGAACUUGCCCUCACAGAACAGAAAGUCAAUGAUGGGAAUAUGCUGGUAGCCAAACUAAAACAGGAGCUGACGAUCAAAGUGUCGGAGCACCAGGAGGAGAUAAGGAGGGACCAUGAGGAAAGGGCUAAGCUAGAAGCGAAGUUGUAUAAAGAAUUAUCUGAAGCCCAUGAAAAAAAUAUUCAGCUGGAGACCAAAUCCGAGGACCUGGAUAGAAGAUGUCGGAUGCAGCAAGAACAGAUAUUUGAACUCAAAGAACAAAUCACACACUUACAGGCAGAAAUGAAGCUCAAAGGAUCACAUUUUGAUGAUCGAAUUCAACAAGAGAAAACUCGACACAGGGAUGAAAUGAAAGAAGCAGAGCAGUUGAGACACAAAGAGGUCGGGAGAGUGAGACAGGAAUGUGAGGAGACAGAGAACACUCUAAGGGAGAGAAUUCAGCGACUGGAAAUGUCUCGUCUGGAACUGGAAGAAGAAAUCAGUCGUCUGAAGAACAGCACCAUGGUUGAGAAAAUCCAGCAUGAAGAACAAUUAUCACUGGCAAAACAGAAAAUUCAGGCUGAUGAGGAAAACAGGUACAGGCAGAUGGAGGAGAAGCUACGAGUCAGCAUGGCCCUGAAGGAUGAAGUACAGAGCAGAUGUAAUCAACAGUCCUCAACCAUCAGUGAGCUUCAGUCACGCAUCAGUUCACUUACGUUAGAACUAGAGAAUGCCAAGAAACGAGUGGAGGAAUCUAAUGAGCAAUUAGCAGAAAAGAACAGCAUCACCCUGUCAGAAGUAGGCAAAGUUAAAAUUGAGCUAAACCAAACCGUCAACAAACUAGAAGCCGAGAGGAAACUUCAAACAGAACUCAGAGAGAAACUAGGGGAGGUUGAUAGGAAGAUGUCAGAACAACUUUUGAGACAUCGGGAAAUUUUAGAAGAGAAGGAGAAUGAGAUAGAGAGUCUGAAGAGACGUCUGAAGACUCGGGAGGCGGAGGUGAACAGCAUCAGGGAGGAGGAGAUGCAGAGGGCCCAGGUCCUACAGAUGGCCGUGAUGAAUUACGUCAGCAAGGUCCCCCAGUCAGGGGACAAACUAGCCUAGGGGUUCGGCAGAGGGGUUCAGUCAUAGGGAGGGUUGUGAUAAACUUGACCACUUCAGUCCUGGAUUUUACGGACAUAGUAUCCAUUUUUGACUAGCACUUCAAAAAGCUAUUCUAGAGAGAACUGUGCUUCCCGGUUGUCAACAAAUUGUUAAUAUUGAUCUCAAAAUACAAGCCAGCCAUUAAUUUGUAGAUCGCCGAUAUUUCACCUUAUGUAUAAAAAAUUCCAGGAAUUUAAGGGGAGAAUGCACUAAAAAGGAUUAUUUUUGUCAAAUUUGUUUGCCAAUAUGGAUAUUAAGCAAGAACAAGUUGAUAUUAAUUAUUCAAAAUCUAUGAUCUUUACAGUUAAUAUCAAAUAUUUGCUUAAAGCUGUGAUACCAAUAUUCCUUCACAUCACUUUUGAUGUUUGCAUAGACAUUUCACGAUGAUAACCAUUUUAAGUGUACGAUGUAUUGCAUGAGUGGAGAUGGUGUGUGAAUGGUUUUAUAUUUGAGAGGAUCCAACAUAUAUUUAUAUACAUGUAUUCAUAUUAUUUUUACAUUGGUAUGUAUAGAUUAUUAAUAAAAUGA